CCCGAGGGUCGCAAGCAACCAGUGCGGUCGACUAAAGUUCCCGUUGCAACCGCGUGCGUGCGCAACUCCCUUAGCCACGCACAGACACACACACAGCCGUAUUUUAUAGACACAGUCGUACAGACGCACAGUUUGCUCAUAUACACGUGUAGACGCAGAUGCGCAGUCGCGUACGCACAUACAUCGACAUGCAUAUAUAGAAACACACGCACGUGUAUUUAUAGACACGCAAAUACAAAGAUGCCCCGUGUAGUCUUCUCAUACCGUGAGUGAGCAACUAUUAAGUGCAGAAGAAGAAGGGGGGCACAAGGGGGAGGUGGGUGGCCAACACCGCGACCGGCCGCCUUUGUCUCCCCAGUGCUGAUGUAUGUGCACACCGCGCUAGGUACUCGUUUAAGGCUGAAUCGACCCAGAGGGGAGGCAUCCGGACAGCAGCUGGGGGGGAGGGGGGGGUGAGCAGAAGUCACCACCACCAGCAGCAGCAGCUAACCUCUCAACCAACAUCUCAACCAACGUCUCAACCAACAUCUCAACCAAUCUCCUAACCAACCUCUCAACCAAUCACCUAACCAACCAAGCGAACCGAUAAACGAAUCUCCCACCCAACCCACCUCCCCACCGAUCAACCUCUCAACCAACCAAGCGAAUCGAUCAACUAAUCUCCCAACCCACCUCCCCACCGAUCAACCUCUCAACCGACCUCUCAACCAACCAACUCGUCAACCAACCGCUCGACCUCCAUCGAUCCUCAACCCCCCCCCCCCCCACGCACGCAUCGACCAUGCCGGGCUUCGACAAGAACUCCACGUUCAUCCCGCCCACCUACAACGCCACCUCGAGUGCCGUCGUCUUCACGGUCGGCGUCUCGGGCAACAUAAUCGCGUUGGCGCUACUCCUCUCGGCGCGCCGCGCCACCAAGCGCACCGCCUUCUACGCCCUUGUCUUCGGCCUGACGCUCACCGACCUCCUGGGUUCGUCGCUCACGGGGCCCGUGCCCCUCACCGCCUACGCGCACAACAAGACAGUGGUGGCUCUGGGCGGGCACGCUCUGUGCGGCUACCUCAGCUUCAUGCUGCUCUUCUUCGGCGUCGCCACGCUCGCCAUCCUCUGCGCGAUGGCCAUCGAGCGCUACCUCUCCAUCGGUCACCCGUACCUGUACGAGCGCGUGGUGCGGCGCGCGUCCGCGUGGACGGCGAUCCGCGUCUCCUACCUGCUCAGCCUGGCGCUCUGCCUGCCCCCCCUGCUGGGCUUCGGGCAGGUGAAGCUCUACGAGCCGGGCACGUGGUGCUACGUGGACAUGAAGGCGAGCGGCGGCUGGGACGCUGCCUACUCGGUGCUCUACGCGGCAAUCCUCGCCGCGCUCUGCCUCACCAUCAUCGUGUGCAACGCGUCGGUGAUGCACGGACUCCUGAAGAUGAUGAACAGGAAGAGGAAGCGGAGCCUCCACGCGGCACCUGCUUGCGGCAACGCCGCGCCGCGCUUUUUGAAGCAGCAGCAGCAGAAUCAUCAGCAUCAGCAGCAGCAGAAUGAGAAUGAUGAGGACGAGAGCCAUCAGGUGGGACGGCACGUGGCGGUGGCGGCGCGGGUCUCGUCGAGCCGCAGGAGGAUCCUGCGUGGCGAGGAGGCGAACAACCUCGUGCUGCUCGUGCUCAUCACCAUCACGUCGCUCACCUGCACCAUCCCGCUCACGAUCCGCGCCUUCAUCAACGCGAGCGGCGCUCCGGCCAACGAGGCCCUCGACCUGCUGGGCCUGCGCAUGUACACCAUCACGCCCAUCCUCGACCCCUGGAUAUACAUCUUCUGCCGCAAGUCGCUGUGCCGGCGGCUCUGCGGCCGCUGGGCCGGCUCCCGCGGCUCCCGCGGCUCUCGCAGUUCCGGCGGUGGCGGCGUCGGACGCGGCUCCGGCCUCGGGGGCGACGCGGCUCGACGCCGACGGCUCAGCGGCUUCGAGCCCGAUCAAGAGACGACGGACGCGGCGCCCUCGGUCGUCGCCGCCGCCGCCGCCGAUCGCUCACCGUGCUCCACCUCGUCGCUGUCGCUGGGGCCGAGGGGCGAGAGGCACCAGCAGCAGCAGCAGCAGCCGCUCGUCAACGGAGGGGCCCCGAAAGCUCCGGAGGGGCCCGCGACGGCGCCGACGGUGACGCCGAGCGGAGGAGCCGCCACGGUGGCCGCGGCCGGUGGCCCAAACGCCGUCACCGCCACCGCCGCCACCGCAUCGCUCAGCCGUCGCCACUGCCUUAGCGACAGCCGCCGUGACGACGAUAGCUACGACGACGGUGACGACGAGGGUGACGAUGGUGAUGAUGGUAUUGUUGAUGAUGAUGAGCACGGGAUGGGCCGUGGGGAUUCGGGCGACGAGCUGGCGACGGUCGUUGCCAUCGUGGAGGCGGAGGAGUCGAGGCGAGUGCCGGCGUUGACCACGUGAUCUG